AUGGAUCCUGUGUGCGACUUCUGUGGUAUAGUGAGGGCUGUGGUAUACUGCAAAUCGGACUCGGCCCGCCUUUGUCUGCAGUGCGAUGGAUGCGUCCACUCCGCUAAUUCGCUCUCGCGUCGUCAUGCGCGGUCCUUGCUGUGCGACAAGUGCUGUUCGCAGCAUGCCGCGGUUCGAUGUAUGGACGAGAAAUUGUCGUUGUGCCAAGACUGUGAUUGGAGUGGCAAUGGGUGCUCUGGGGCUGGACACCGUCGCCAGGUGCUGAACUGCUACACGGGUUGCCCUACGUUGUCGGAGUUCACGAGUUUAUGGUCCUCGGUUCUUGAUCCGCCUUGUUCGAGCGAUUUGGAUAGCAGGUGGGGGCCGCUGAGCGCUCUGCCGAUGGAUGGCAAUGGCAUGAGCAGCUUGUUGGAGAAUAGGGACUGUGAGGGUUCGUUCGGGAUGGCGAUAAGCAAGCUAAAUGAGUUUGGGCCAUGGAUGGGGUCGACUGCCUUGCUGACACCUAACGCAAACUAUGCACAGUUAUGCAAAGAUCAAGCACCUUUCGCUGCUCGGGAACUUAAUUUGCCCAAGGUGCCCUUGGGUUGCUCCGGUUCCAAAAAUCUCGGGUUUCAUGGGAGCAGCGAUCUUUGCCAGAGUCUUGGCAUGGAAAAUCUUCCUCAUCAUGGAAAUGGUGAUGAGAUUUUGGGCUAUCAACCUAAUCAGAACAGGUUUCCUUUUGAAGACGGAGAUAUGGAGAGCCUUUUGAUGGAGAAAAAUCUGUCUGCAACUGAGUCAAAUGGACCGAUCGAGAAUGCCAUGGAGGCAUCGUCCUCGGUGCAACAGGACUCGGUAUCUAUUCACUCCUCUUACAUGGCCAGUUCAGUAAAUGGGGUGCAGUCUAUGAAGGGAGGCGCGAAUUGCAUGCUUAUGAGUCCUGGGGGUACCAGAAAUUUGAAUUUUGGAUAUCCUACUGGCCCGGUUCAUUCAAGCGUAUCGCUAUCCCUGUCGAAUAUCACUGGGGAAAGUAGCGCAGCUGAUUACCAAGACUGUGGAAUGUCGCCGGUAUUUCUAACUGGUGAAUCACCGUGGGAAUCAAAACUAGAGGCGAGUUGUCCGCAGGCGAGAGAUAAAGCUAAGAUGAGAUAUAAUGAAAAGAAGAAAACAAGAACGUUUGGGAAACAAAUAAGAUAUGCCUCUCGGAAAGCCAGAGCAGACACGAGAAAACGCGUGAAAGGUCGAUUUGUAAAAGCUGGGGAAACGUAUGAUUACGACCCUCUCGGGACGAGGGACUUCUGA